AUGAGCAAAGUCAAACUCCUGAACUACAGUAAUAAGCUUCCCACUUUAAAGGAGUGGACAAAGCACUUUCGAUAUCGUAACUCAAUUGCGCCUAGGGUAACAGUUGGCAGUUUAGAGGCAGCAGAAAAAGGUUUUAAAGCGCUAAAUCUAAAAAAAGUUGAGAAUAUGACAGCAGUGGAAAUAAACCCUGGUUUGGGAGCAUGGACUACAGCAUUGAGAAAUAAUGGAUUCAAACGAAUAAUUGCAUUAGAACCACAAAAUGCUUAUUUGAACUGGAUGGAGGGAUUAAGUGCUUUAUCUGAUGGCAAAAUAGAGGUUGUUAAAAAAGACGGCUAUACAUGGGAUACAUACAACUGUUUAAAGGAUGAUACAAAAUAUAUCGGAUCGUUAGAAAACAAAGAUUGGUCACAGGUUCAUUCUGAAUUAUUCUUUACUGGCACUUUACCUAAGACCACUAAUGGAGAGCGGCUGCUAGCACAAUUUACAGGCUGCAUUACCAAUAAAAUGGCUAUGCAUACAUUAGGGCGUAUUCAAAUGGCAUUCUGGAUGACAGACGUACUAUACAAAAAACUCGCUGCACCACCAGGCAGUAACGGUCGUUGUAAGAUGAGCGUUGUUGCCGAAGCUUGCGCUGAAGUGAAAAGCAUUUAUGUACCAGAAGUAGAAGAAAUGUAUCCUAAUGGCGAAUAUAGAUUGGUCCAUAUUAUACCCACCGCUGAAACUGAAUGGGAUACUUUUGAAUAUGUGUUGAAGCACUUGUUUGUUAUGCAGAGACACCCAUUACGACGUGUUAUUAGGUAG